AUGAAUGGACGGUUUGAUAUAGUGAAGAAACUUGGCCAAGGAACUUACGGGAAGGUGCAGCUGGCUAUAAAUAAGGAGACGGGCCAGGAUGUCGCAAUUAAGACCAUCAAGAAGGCGAAGAUCGAGACUGAGAAAGACCUCAUCCGCAUUCGACGGGAGAUCCAGAUCAUGUCCUCGGUGACGCACCCACACAUUAUCCACAUAUAUGAAGUGUUUGAGAACCGCGACAAGAUGGUGCUGGUGAUGGAGUACGCGGCUGGCGGCGAGCUGUACGACUACCUCAGCGAGAAGAAGGUGCUGGCCGAGGGCGAGGCGCGCCGCAUCUUCCGGCAGGUGGCCAGCGCCUGCUACUACUGCCACAAGCACAAGAUUUGCCACCGAGAUCUCAAGCUGGAGAACAUCCUGCUGGAUGAGUACGGCAACGCAAAGAUCGCCGAUUUCGGCCUGAGCAACGUGUUCGACGAGACUCGCCUGCUGUCUACGUACUGCGGCUCGCCGCUGUACGCGUCGCCGGAGAUCGUGCGCGGCACCCCGUACGUCGGGCCGGAGGUCGACUGCUGGUCACUCGGCGUGCUGCUCUACACUCUCGUCUACGGCGCCAUGCCUUUCGACGGCUCCAACUUCAAGAAACUGGUCAAGCAGAUCACGUCCGGUGACUUCUACGAGCCGCAGAAGAAGUCCCCGGCCUCCGAGCUGAUCCACGCGCUGCUGACGCCGGCGCCGGAGAAGCGGGCCAGCAUGAUGGACGUCUGUGGCCACCCGUGGGUCAACCAGGGCGAGGAGGUGCCCUGCCUGGAGGCGGCCGAGGAGCUGGCGCACCAGACACCGGUCCGGCUCGACCUGCUGCUCUCGCUGGCGCCGCAGGGACCCGACAUGGAGCACGUGCUGGUGCCGCCGCCGGAGGAGGGUGCUGUGCCGUCGGCGCCGGAGCCGUCCAAGGCGCAGUUCACGGCCUCCGACUCGCUGUCGCUGGGCAGCGCCAUGGAGGUGCGGGCCGCCUCGAGCCCUGCCGUGCCUCAGGCCCAAGAACCGGCACCAGAGCCGGCCGAGCCCGGCGCCGACAAGGCAGCCAAGCGAGCCCUGGACGAGGCGGAGGAGCAGGCGGCCCCGGGCGGCAAGACAGAGAAGACCAAGAAAAAGGCGGGAGAGAAGGCGGCGAAGAAGAAGAAGAAGCCGGAGGCGGCGGCGGUCGUCGAGCCCUCUGACGUGGUGAUGAGUGACGAUGCGGCGGCGGCUGAAGCAGCGCCUGCGGAGGCGGAGGCCCCGGCUGCGGGCGCUCAGGAGAUCACUCCAGGGGAGGAGCAAGACCGCGGAGCUCAAGCUCGGGCCCGAGAAACGAUCGCCGUCUCCGGUCGUCACGCCUCCGGAGGCGGAGACGCCUCGUCCAACACCAGCGCCGCCGCCAGAGGGCGGUGAGGAGGUGACG